ACUGGUGGGUGACACCCCCGGAGCCCCCCUGCUGUAGGCGCACCCUGUUUGCCUACACCUGCUUUCGCUGUAUGCAGAAGUGCUUCAGAUGUGCUGCUGUGAAGCUCCCAGCCUUCCGAGUCCCGUUGAAGCUAUAAUUUAUUGAAAUACGAUGAAAGUAAUAUUCUGCUCCCCUUGACAGUUUGCAGGGACUGAUCUCUCUGUGUGAUCUGAGCGUAGCAGAAACCGUGGCUCGAGGUGGAAGUACAGUUACCCGUAUUUGCUUGGUGCUUUUAAGGAGCCCAGAUGGAUGGUGCUGGUGUUGCUGGUCUGUGUCAGAAAGGUCAGCUCUGCCAUCCCACAUGUCCGUAGGGUGGGCAGCGAGUGGCACGGAGGUCUGCUGCCUUUUCCUCAUCUCUUCUGAGGGCAUUUUCAUAGGCCAGCGCAUCAAGGAUUUAACUUGCUUUGAAAAAUGACGGUAGUGGAAACGCAGCAGAAGUUGCACUUGGUUGUCUCUUACCUUACUGAUGAGGAGGAGCUUGUCUUGUAUAGUUCUUUGUGUGAUUUCCCGUGGGGGCUUGCCCCUGGGUCUCAGGUUUGGGAAUUUUCUUCAAGGCUCUUCCAACGAGCAGUUCAAUUUCUGGGGUUUCAGCAGCUUCUUGGUUGUUGGUGAGUGACCGCUCUGUAACUUUGGCUUGGGGAAUGUUUGCCUGUUUCCUGAGGUCUUCUUUCUUGCCAUGCAUGUUUUUGCAGCCUUUUAGGAAACUUCUUUGUUUGCAUCGGAACCAUAACUUCUCGUUGAAAUCCCCAUUGUGAAGAUACCUGGUGUGUGCAUAGCAUCUGCCUGUGGUCUCUGAAGCCUUUAUAAAUACAAAACGUAGUUACUAUGUCUAGUCUCGUAAGUCAGUUGUGCUUCUGCGCUCACAAUUCAGUAUCACUACUAGAUAAUCAUUAUUAUUGGCUAUUUGUAACUUAUUUUUCCUCAUUUACCCAACAUGCUACCCUCACUUUAUGCUCAAAGCCUUGACAUUGAACAUAUUCACUUUGCAAUUUUUUCAACACCUCAGUUAGAUUUUUACCUAUUGUUUGAUAUACCUAACAUUAAUGAAUAUAUUUUUUUAUUUCCAUUAUUCAAUCUGCUUGCUUGCUUACAAGUUCAAGCACACAUUUACCAUGAGCAUAUUUACAUAUUUUUAUCAACUCUAUGAUGUCAAAAAUACUAAUGUAAUGCAACCGUUAGUCCAUAACUAUUCUAAAAGUUGUAAUAAAUCCUUUCUUUGCACUUUUUUUUAUGGGCUCUAGCUUAUGUUUGCACCAGCAUGAAAUGUAAGUAUUAAAUACUCGGGUAGUUUUAAAUAGUUGUUAAAAUGGAGAUUCCUUUCCCAAAUAUAGCAGUAGUUUGUGACUUUUUAACCUCAUUGUCAGUGAACACUAAGUGAGGGAUCCUGGAAGUAUUAUUCAACUUCCAAAAUGGUGCCUGUGAUAUCUACGCUUUGUGUCCACGUUUUCUCUGUUGGUUUGGGUGGUUUUUGGUUGGUUCAUUCAUUUUGCUCCCAUAAAGAGUCACAGAGUUCAAUCUGAGGUUAUAAAAUUUAGUACUCUAACUACUUUGAGUUUGAAGUUUGUGUCUCCAUUUCAAGAUGAGUAAAAAUCGUUCUAACCGGUAAAAUAGUAACUGUAUUGUGCUUUAAACGAGAAAGAUGUUGACACGUGAAUGUUUUAGUUGUGUUGAAUAUUUUUGUUACAUGUGUAAUAUUUAACUGUCCCAUCUUACAGCUGUGUUAUUCUAAGUCAUGCAGCUUCUUUAGGGUUUAGCCAGCCUUAUGGGAGGGCUGAGGGACUGUGGCUGUAAGUCCUGAGGCGGAGCAGCACCAUCGAAGUGCUGUGACAUCCCUGAGCUCAGUGCCUCAGAAUUUGACCUGCUUUAUCAGGGAGUAGAGGGUAAUCCAUGACCUAAAUUUCUGGCUAUUUAAAAAAAAAAAUAAUAAAAAUAGCCCACUGGUCCUCGAAUAUCACCGUUUUUUUCAUUUUAAUGGAAUUUGCUGUUUUCUUUGUAUAGCUGGGGUCAGGCCUUGCUUCUCCUCAUCCCUCAAGCCAUCGUAGCUUUGCGAAACUUCUGCCAGCAAGUGCAUAGACCUUUAACCAAGCAAUAUCGAAAUUACCAAUGAAAGAGUUUUACUCUUCUGAGCGAUAUUUGCCAAACACUGACUAGGAGAUUAAAAUAAGCAUGCAAAGCCAAACUUGGCCAAGGUUUUGCAGGCAGUCGUACUGACGUGAACUACUUGUACCAUCCAUUCGAGCUUUCUCCCAGGCAGCAGACUGAGCGUCCUGCAGUUCUGCUGCUGCUGUUUGGUUUGCCGUGUUUCUUUCUUCUUUUGCAAUUAUUUGUUUAUACUUUUCUUGUCAGAACCCAGUAUCUGUGUGAUGCAAGUUCACUUAACAGUUUUGGGGAGGAAAAUAAAUGCUGUGUGUACUACAUUGACAUGCAGGAGUGGUGAUUGAGCGUACUUCUGCGCUUCCACCUGUAGUACAACUGAUUAAGUACGGAGAAGAUGAAAGCAGAUAAAAUCACACUGAGCAUGGGAACUGAAAGUGUAUUAGGCCAAGAGACUCGUAAUGUGAGGGACUAUUACCAGAUUAAUAUGAGGUAGCCAUAAUAUUUUUAGCUUAUGAGAUUGUUACUGAUGUGGAAUGAGAAAAUAAAUGAUGAUGAAGAGAAAUUAGAGGGAGUGCACAGGUGAAAAUGAGUUUGGUUUAAUUUGGGAGGUGGGUGGAUGAAGAAAUAUCAGGAGCCAGAACAGCUGCGCUGAGAGCUAAGAGAUCAGUUUGGGUCUGCGCUGGCAGGAAAGCAAAGCUUGAAGAAGAGGGAAGAGGCAGAGGAGAGAAGUCAGAAGAUCGGUGAGACUUCUGGAUUGAACAUAGACAAAAACCUCGGUCUCGUGCUGUCAGCCUUUGUGUCACCCAGAAUCUUGUAGCUGGGAAGGGGCUUGCAGCUCUCCUGGGGUGUGAAGACGCUUGGCAAAAGUGGAUGUAUAGAGAUCCUUAUUGACGAUGGUGGUCAUUGGAGGUAUAAAUAUUGAAGAAUAUAUCAUUUACAGACAAGAUCUUUGAAAUCUGUUUCCUUCAGACAGCAAAGGAAGAAGAGACUUAAUCACAGCAUAACGGGCAGAGAAACGUAAAGGCUCGAAGAAACAAUACUUCACUACUUCUUUCCAAAAGUCAAGACCCACCAAAAUCUGCUGGAUUCCUCCACCAGUCUUCCGGAUUUGAGAUGUAACGUGGGGUGCAGGAGUUCCUCAGCUGAGGGGUGUACUAUGACAAGGAGCCAGCCUCAAUGGACAUUGCCCAUUAUCGAGAAUUAAACAGGAGAAUAUCUAAAGCAAAGCUGAAAGUGCAUCGAGAAUUGUCAGAAGCCUAAAUAUACCCAAAGUAACUAGAAGCAAGACCAUGAGGAGUAAUGUAGGCUGUUUUAUUGGAGCCAGGGAGUCAUGAAAGAAACUCAAGAAGAGAACUUGGAUAAUGAACGGAAGAUAAAAAGAAAACAAAAAGAAUGUGGCAUAUAAAGGGUAUAAUACCUGGAGGUAUUAGAUCUGACUCAUAUUUAUAAAAAUGAGACGAGCUUUCACAAAAUACAAGUUAUCUUAGUCAUCAAGCUUGGAGCCAUGCUGUUGAACUAGAAAUUCUCCUUUUCCCCAUUCUCCUUUCUGACAGGUAACAAAGGAUUGGUGAAUUAUGAUUUUCCCAAGUUGGAAGCACUAAUUUUUAUCUAUAUAGUUCAUCCUUAUGAAUAUAUAAGGAGUUAAACAUUGCAUAUUUAAUGUGGAUUAUAAUGGGAAACUGACUCAUUAACAAAAAUGGCCACUUUUAAGGACCUGGUUUCAAACUGAGCUGGAGCCUCCCAAUGCACUUUGUACAAUUUGGGGAAAGGUGUACUGAAUGGCCUUCUUUGGGAGGCCAUGAUGACAUGUAGUAAAAGGAUAUCAUCUUACUGUUGAUAUCUUUGAAGACUCAUAAACAGAAACAGAAAAAUGAAUGGUGGAAAGGAGUGUGACGGAGGGGACACGGAUGGAGGGCCACCAGCAGUGCAAGUUCCCGUUGGUUGGCAGCGACGGGUGGACCAAAGUGGAGUGCUCUAUAUCAGUCCCAGUGGGUCUUUAUUAUCCUGCUUGGAGCAGGUGAAGACUUACUUGCUGACUGAUGGAACAUGCAAGUGUGGCCUAGAAUGUCCUCUUGUUCUUCCCAAGGUCUUUAAUUUUGAUCCUGGAGCUGCUGUGAAGCAGAGGACUGCUGAAGAUGUUAAAGCGGACGAAGAUGUCACCAAACUAUGCAUACAUAAAAGGAAAAUUAUUGCUGUGGCUACACUUCAUAAAAGCAUGGAAGCACCACAUCCUUCACUAGUUCUAACCAGUCCUGGUGGUGGAACAAGUGCAACUCCGGUAGUUCCUACUCGAGCAGCAACUCCGAGAUCGAUGAGGAAUAAAUCACAUGAAGGAAUUACAAAUUCUGUGAUGCCAGAAUGUAAGACUCCUUUCAAGUUGAUGAUUGGGGCAUCUAAUGCCAUGGGUAGGCUUUAUGUGCAAGAAAUGGCUGGAAGCCAGCAACAAGAACUUCAUUCUGUCUAUCCUAGGCAGAGAUUGGGUAGUAAUGAACUUGGACAGAAGUCUCCAUAUCGUGGCAGUCAUGGUGGGAUGCCCAGUCCAGCUUCAUCAGGAUCGCAGAUAUAUGGAGAUGGCUCAAUCUCUCCUAGGACUGACCCACUUGGAAGCCCUGAUGUUUUCACAAGGAACAAUCCCAGUUUUCAUGGAGCACCCAACUCAAGUCCUAUUCACAUGAACAGGACACCUCUGUCUCCACCAUCAGUAAUGCUACAUGGUUCUCCCAUACAGUCAUCCUGUGCAAUGGCUGGAAGGACUAAUAUACCUCUUUCCCCAACCUUGACCACAAAAAGCCCUGUAAUGAAAAAAACCAUGUGUAAUUUUUCAACUGGUAUGGAAAUACCACGAGCAAUGUUCCACCAUAAACCACCCCAAGGUCCGCCCCCACCUCCUCCUCCACCUUCUUGUGCUCUUCAGAAAAAGCCAUUAACAUCAGAAAAGGAUCCACUUGGCAUACUUGACCCUAUUCCUAGCAAACCAGUCAAUCAGAAUCCUGUUAUCAUUAACCCAACUACUUUCCAUUCAAAUGUCCACUCUCAGGUACCCGUGAUGAAUGUAAGCAUGCCUCCUGCUGUCGUCCCUUUGCCAAGUAAUCUUCCUUUGCCAACGGUAAAACCCGGUCACAUGAACCAUGGAAGUCACGUUCAAAGAGUUCAACAUUCAGCUUCAACCUCCCUGUCUCCUUCGCCAGUGACGUCCCCCGUUCAUAUGAUGGGAUCCGGGAUUGGAAGGAUCGAGGCUUCUCCCCAAAGAUCACGUUCUUCUUCCACGUCAUCAGAUCAUGGAAAUUUCCUGCUGCCUCCAGUAGGACCGCAGUCAUCUUGUACUGGUAUGAAAGUUCCUCCCCGGUCCCCAAGGUCAACAAUAGGGUCACCAAGACCAUCUAUGCCAUCUAGCCCUUCCACUAAGCACGAUGGACUUAAUCAAUACAAGGACAUCCCUAACCCAUUAAUUGCUGGAAUGAGUAAUGUAUUAAAUCCUCCAAACAAUGCAGUUUUUCCUACUGCAUCGGCUGGAAGCGGUUCUUUGAAGAGUCAGCCUGGUUUGCUGGGAAUGCCUUUAAAUCAGAUCUUGAACCAGCACAAUGCUGCCUCUUUUCCAGCAAGUAGUUUACUCUCAGCAGCAGCCAAAGCACAGCUAGCAAAUCAAAAUAAACUUGCUGGUAACAACAAUAACAGCAGUAGCAAUUCUGGACCUGUUGCCAGCGGUGGCAACAACGAAGGACAUAGCACUUUAAAUACCAUGUUCCCUCCUGCUGCCAAUGUGCUUCUACCAACGACUGAAGGGCAAAGUGGUCGAGCAGCACUGAGAGAUAAGUUGAUGUCUCAGCAAAAAGAUCCUCUGAGAAAAAGAAAGCAGCCAACCACCACGGUGUUGAGUUUGCUGAGACAGUCUCAGUUGGAGAGUUCUGGAGUUUCCAAAGCUGGAUCUGAUUUGAUAAGGAAGCAAAGUCAAAGCUCGUUUCCCAUCAGCUCUAUGUCCCAGUUACUUCAGUCCAUGAGUUGUCAAAGCUCUCACAUGAGCAGCAAUAGUACCACCAGUUGUGGGAGCUCAAAUACUGUUUUGCCUUGCUCUGGUAACCAGAUGCAUUUCGCAGACACCAGUAUGAAUUCUGGCGCUCUUCAGAACUCGCUGGCGCAGAGUUUACCGUUACGAGGGGAAGGUCUGCACUGCCAGAACACAAACACUAACUUUGUCCAUGGUACUAGCCCAGGCACAGCCAACCAUCUCGCAGGUUUAAUAAAUCAGAUGCAGGCUAGCGGGAGCUGUGGGAUGCUCAGUCAGUCAGGAAUGGCUUUAGGAAAUUCAUUACAUCCGAACCCACCUCAGUCAAGAAUCCAGGCAUCCUCCACUCCAGUGAUACCAAACAGCAUUGCUAGCAGCUGUAAUCAAACAAGUCCUGAAGCAGGGGGUUCAGGACCGUCAUCAUCAAUAGCCAUAGCUGGCACCAGCCAACCUGCCAUCACAAAGACAACAUCUGUUCUUCAAGAUGGUGUUAUAGUCACUACUGCAGCUGGAAACCCACUUCAGAGCCAGCUGCCCAUUGGGAGCGAUUUCCCUUUCGCUGGCCAUGAACACUCGCUUCAUUUCCCGCAGAACAGCUCUUCAAACAACAAUCUUCCACAUUCUUUGAAUCAAAACCUCCUCAGUUCUCUACCUAUCUCUUUGCCAGUGAAUCAGCAACAUCUCCUAAACCAGAAUCUAUUAAAUAUACUGCAGCCUUCAGCAGGAGAAGGCAAGUCUGAGGUCAACCUCAACCCUUUAGGUUUUCUCAACCCGAAUGUAAAUGCUGCUUUAGCUUUUCUCUCCAGUGACGUGGAUGGGCAGGUAUUGCAACCUGUUCAUUUUCAGCUUCUAGCAACCCUCCUCCAGAACCAAGCCCAAGCAGCUGCCAUGCUUCCCCUACCAUCUUUCAAUCUGACCAUCUCAGAUUUGCUGCAACAGCAAAAUAACCCUUUGCCCUCAGUAACACAGAUGACAGCCCCACCUGACCAUUUGCCAAGCAAUCAGUCAGAAAGCAACAGGGUUGAGACCCUUUUAACCAACCCCCUGGGGAACCCUAUACCAAGCUUUUCAGGCACUGACACUACUUCUAACCCCCUGCUCCUCCCAGCUGUCUCUGGGGCCUCAGCAUUAAUGGCCUUGAAUCCCCAGCUGGUGGGAGGUGUCCUGAACUCUGCAUCGGGCAACACCGCUAAUCAUCCAGAGGUUUCCAUAGCCACCUCCUCCCAGGCAACCACUACCACAACCACUACAUCAUCAGCAGUGGCAGCACUGUCUGUCUCAACCCUGGGUGGUGGGACAGCAGUGGUGUCAAUGGCAGAAACAUUGCUGAACAUAUCUAAUAAUGCUGGGAAUACAUCUGGUCCAGCUAAACUCAACAAUAACUCUGUGGUGCCACAGCUACUUAACCCUCUACUGGGGACAGGUCUGCUUGGUGACAUGUCAUCUAUAAACACUACUUUGAAUAACCAUCAACUGAGUCAUCUCCAGUCGCUAUUAAACAACAAUCAGAUGUUUCCUUCAAAUCAGCAGCAACAGCACCUUCUCCAGGGGUAUCAGAACAUGCAGGGCUUUCAAGGCCAGCCCCCAAUUCCUGGCCCGGCUAACAACCCAAACCCCAUGGCAUGUCUGUUCCAAAAUUUCCAGGUGAGAAUGCAGGAAGAUGCUGCUGUCCUAAACAAAAGAAUGAUCACUCAGAUGGGAAUGGCACCAGUUCCCGAGAGCUCCAACACUAUGCUUCCUCCUUUCCAAGAAACAUCUUGUGAUUUGCAGCAAAGAACUGAACCAUCUCUUGGACAACAGGCAAAGGAUAACCUCAAUGUCGCUGCUCAGGGUGAUACAUCAGUGGACGCUAUCUACAAAGCAGUUGUAGAUGCUGCAAGCAAGGGAAUGCAAGUAGUAAUCACCACUGCCGUUAGCAGUACAACACAAAUGAGUCCCAUUCCAGCUUUGAGUGCCAUGAGUGCCUUCACAGCCUCAAUUGGUGACCCAUUAAAUCUUUCUAGUGCUGUCAGUGCAGUAAUCCAUGGAAGAAACAUUGCUGUUUCUGAUCACGAAGGUAGGCUAAGGAACGCUAGAGGAACGCGAAUACUGAAGAAUUCAGAACAUGGUAAAAAUUCAAGUGAAGGGGAUGGGUAUGAAUAUUACAAAUCAACAAGUUGUAACACACCCAAAAAACAGUGGGAAGGGGAGCAAAGUCCUGUUAGUGAGAUAAACAGAUGGAAAUGUGAUGAGUUUCUAGACCACUCUGCACAUAUCCAUAGUAGUCCUUGUCACGAAAGGCCCAAUAACAUCUCCACACUGCCAUUAUUACAAGGCGAGCAGCAUCAGAUACUGUUAUCACAGCGAAACUGUCAAAGUGAUAAAAUGUUGGAGGAGAAUUUCAGGUAUAACAAUUACAAAAGAACUAUGAUGAGUUUUAAGGAAAGACUGGAGAACACUGUGGAACGAUGUGCACACAUAAAUGGAAAUAGGCCUCAGCAGAACAGAGGAUUUGGGGAGUUGCUGAACACUUCUAAACAAGACCUGAUUCUGGAAGAGCAAUCUCCAAGUUCCUCAAAUAGCUUGGAAAGUUCGUUAGUUAAAGACUAUAUCCAUUACAAUGGAGAUUUUAAUGCCAAAAGCAUUAAUGGGUGUGUGCCUAGCCCUUCAGAUGCUAAAAGCAUCAGUAGUGAAGAUGACCUAAGGAAUCCAGAUUCCCCUUCUUCAAACGAGCUGAUACAUUACAGGCCGAGGACGUUUAAUGUUGGCGACUUGGUCUGGGGCCAAAUCAAAGGACUGACUUCAUGGCCUGGAAAACUAGUAAGAGAAGAAGAAGUUCACAAUUCAUGUCAACAAAACGCUGAGGAGGGGAAGGUCUGGGUAAUGUGGUUUGGUGUUCAUACCUUCACUCAGGUGGAGCCAGAGAAGUUGAAGACACUAACAGAAGGUCUAGAAGCUUACAACCGAGCCAGAAAAAGGAACAGAAAAAGUGGAAAGCUAAAUAACCAUUUAGAAGCUGCUAUACAUGAGGCCAUGAGUGAACUAGACAAAAUGUCUGGGAAUGUCCACCAAAUCCCACAGGGAGACAGACAAGUGAAGCCUCCAAAACCCAAGAGGAGGAAGAUCUCUAGAUAACAUUGAAUGUCUUUGUUACUGGUCCAGUACUUAUCAAAACGAACGUGCACAUAAGUCUAUAUGUAGGUAUUGGUAUAGACGUGGUUAUAUCAAUAUUUAUAUGAAGACAGAUAGACACCACCGCAGGGUGCUACGUGGAGUAGUGGUACAAUAUUUUUGAUGAUUAGGAGCGAUAGCAGUUGCUGGAUAAACCAAUCAAAACUCUUGAAAGGUUACAGUAACAAUGUCAGAUGAUUACUGAUUUUUUUUUCUAUAAUACUAAAAUUGUGAUUAUAAGAAAUAGUCCAAAUGUUUCUGAGAAAUUUUCAUUGUGUAUAUAGAUAAUACAGAAUUUCAUGGUGAUAUCUGAAAUGUAAAUAUUGUACAAUAUUGUCAUGUACAAGCGUACCUAAUGCACACUUUAUCUUUUAUUGUACAAAAAAAUAGUGUACAAAAUUCUUUGGUUUCUAUUGAGUACACAUACAAGAGACUACCAGUGUAAAGUGAUAAAUAAAAAUACAGCCUAAAUGCUUUUAUAUGAUAAUGUAAAAGAUGCUGUUUUUGUAUUUAACAGCAGAGAGAAGGCAUGAUUAUGUAAUACCUUAAUUAUGACAUACACUUCACGCCACUGAGUGUUCAUUUAUACUGUCUGUUUGGAAUGAACCUUGCCUGGAAGUACUGUACUCCAUUCAGGUCUCUGUAGGAGAGUGCAACCUUGCAGAUUCCUAACGGGACGUGGGAUCACAGCUCUAAUUAAUAAUUCAAAGGCUGCAACCAUCGGUUGCGUUUUUAUUUACUUAACUUUUAAAGUAGAAUGCUGUAGAUUUUAUUAAAAAGGAAAAAAAAAGUAGAUGAACUACUUUAGUCAGCCAUUUCUGUAGUUAAAGUUUCAUAGCCACCUGAUAAACUAAACAGUUUCUAUCCCCAGUAACUCUGACCCCUCAAACCCCCUAGAUUUAUUAGCUUAAAUUAUCUAACGUCAUUAACCAUCGCGUUUACUUUUAAUGGGGCAGAGGCCCUACCUAAUGAUGUGAUCAGUGCUGAUUGCGGUUUGGUUUUGCAGUAGAACGAAAGGGCACGCUCCACAGCGUUCAGAAAAGUGAUUCCAGAUCCAUCUCACAGUAUUAAAACAAAAAAUCAAGGGUGGCUUACAAAACUAUUAGCAACAGUAAUUUUUAUCAGUAUUAUGUAACAUAUCAGAUUUAUUUUAUUUAAAAAGAAUUAUUUAUACCAUUAACAGAUUCUUAUAUAUAUUAAUGUGGCUGAAAUGUGCAGGUUAAAUCUAUUAACCAAAUUAUUUAUGUUAUAUUAAGUGAGAAAUGUGAAACAUAUGUAGAAAAAAUUAAUACACUACAGAUUUAAAAGUCUAAAGCUAUGAGCCAUUAUAAAAUUAACGAACGGAAGUGUAGCACAACAUUAUUUCCAUUUUAGUUCUUUUUUUUUCUUUUUUUUUUUUUUUUUUCGUUUUUCAACGUGGAUGGUGGUGAUGGUGAUGGAAGCAAUGGCAUCCUGUGUCUUCGAGGCUUCCCGAAAUAAUUCACCAUUCCCGGUCCCCCGGGUGGAGUCCUUAACCCCCCCUCCUCGCCCGGGCCCGCCACCUACCUCAGGUCGCCUUUCUCCCUGAGCUCCCGAAUCUCACUCUCUAGCCACGGACUGGCAGCGGUCAGCGCCCCGCGAAGCCGGUGGCACUGCCGCUCUCUGGGCGCCGGGACCACGCGCCACCGCCGCCCCUCUGCCCGGGCGCCCUGCCCGAGCCCCCCACGUCUCCGCAGAGUGACAUGACCGAGGCCGGCUGCCCCCGAGGACCACGGGCCCGCAGGCUCCCCCAGCCUCGGCUCUCGUGUGCCGGAGCACAAAGCACUACCUCCGGGCUCCCCGCUUCCUCAUGUCCCGCAGAGCAGCUCCCACUCCUUCCCUAGCCCGAGGGAUCGCAAUAGCUACACUGGCUACAGGGGCCUGGAGGCAGGAGCCCUUCCUUCCGCGGGGUAGGUUCAUUUGUCGUGUGUGUAACGCCACGGUCCUACACGCAGACUCAUGUGGAGUGAUUCUUUUGUGUAGCGUAGUUGGCAUUUUUCUGUUACGAGUUGCUGUGUUUGUUCUGUUUAAAGCGUCGAUGUUGUCCCUUCUCCAUGCCCGCCUGCUUUCCGCUGUUUGUCCACACCUGUGCGUUUAAUCAGAGAUGCGGGGGUGUGUGCGAGGGUGCGUGCGUGUGCGCCUGGGUAGUUCAGUUUAUUUCCCCCUUUGCUUUCUGUCCUAGAGCGGAGUUUGUAUCGACCAACCCUUCUUUUGGCAUUUUAACGAAUUAGGUUUGUACUUUCUCACCGAUGUAUACUUUACAUCAGUAGACUAUGUAAAGUAUUUUUGUGCACUUGAUUUCAUUGGUUAAUAAUGGCAUUGAUGUGGGUGCUAGGAGUAGUUUGUUUCAGUCCAUACAAAUUUUUUUCUCUUUUAGAGUUUUUAUGGUUUCAUGUAAGCAGUUAAUGUAAAUAUUGUGAGCAUUACAGGUCAUGCAGUGUUGUAACAUUUUAAAAAAUGUUGCACCUACUUUACGAUUAAAAAACUGGUCACUCAUAC